AUGCAGUUGAUUGAUAGCCAUUGUCAUCUUGAUGAUGAUCGUUAUGACACUGACCGUGACGACAUAAUUGCGCGUGCCCGAAUGCAAGGCGUCAAUCAGAUUGUGCUGCCGGCCACGACUGCCAGUCGCUGGGGCAAGGUCAAACAAAUCGCUGAAGAAUACGAAGGCGUUUAUCCUGCUUAUGGUUUACACCCGAUGUUUAUCCGAUCAAUGCAAUUAUUUAUCGAGCAAUUGCAGUUGGCAAAAAAUCAUGCCCUACCGGUGAUCGUUCACGUGCGCAAAGCCAUGGACAAG